GUUGUUGACAAACACUUUUAACAAGAACUUUCCAGCGAGCUUCAGAGCGCAAGAAGAGGGAAAAUGUCCACGCCGAGGUUCAAAAAGGAUAAAGAAAUCAUCGCAGAGUAUGAGAGCCAAGUCAAAGAGAUCAGGACCCAGCUGGUAGAGCAGCAGAAAUGCCUUGACCAGCAGACGGAAAUGCGGGUGCAGCUGCUGCAGGACCUUCAGGACUUCUUCAGAAAGAAAGCAGAAAUCGAAAUGGAAUACUCCAGAAACCUGGAAAAACUGGCUGAACGCUUCAUGGCGAAGACUCGCAGUACUAAGGACCACCAGCAGUACAAAAAAGAUCAGAAUCUGCUGUCACCAGUCAACUGUUGGUACCUGCUGCUGAACCAGGUCAGGAGGGAGAGUAAAGACCAUGCAACACUGAGUGACAUCUACCUCAACAAUGUCAUCAUGAGGUUCAUGCAGAUCAGCGAAGACUCCACACGGCUACUGAAAAAGAGCAAGGAAAUUGCUUUCCAGCUCCAGGAAGAUUUAAUGAAAGUCCUAAAUGAGCUAUACACAGUGAUGAAGACCUACCACAUGUACCACUCUGAGAGCAUCAAUGCUGAGAGCAAGCUGAAGGAAGCUGAGAAGCAGGAAGAAAAGCAGGUUGGGAGGGGAGAUCCUGUCUUCAGCAUACGGAUGGAGAAGAAGAUCGAGAAAAUAAAAGAGAAGCGUCAAGCCAAGUACUCGGAGAACAAGCUGAAGUCGAUCAAAGCGCGGAACGAGUACCUGCUGACACUGGAAGCCACAAAUGCGUCUGUUUUCAAGUACUACAUCCAUGACUUGUCGGACUUAAUUGAUUGCUGCGAUUUGGGGUACCAUGCAAGUCUAAACCGGGCUUUGCGGACCUGCCUCUCAGCAGAGUACAACCUGGAAACGUCACGCCACGAGGGUUUAGAUAUCAUAGAAAAUGCAGUGGACAGUCUGGACCCACGGAGUGACCGACAGAGGUUCAUGGAGAUGUAUCCUACAGCCUUCUGCCCACCAGCCAAAUUUGAGUUCCAGUCUCACAUGGGAGACGAAGUGUGCCAUAUCACAGCACAGCCACCAGUCAAUGGGGAGCUCAUCCUGAGGUUCCAGCAGUUGCAGUCUCGAUUGGCUACUCUGAAGAUUGAGAAUGAAGAGGUCAAAAAGACAUCAGAGGCCACUUUGACUACCAUCCAGGAUAUGGUGACCAUUGAAGACUAUGACGUGUCCGAGUGCUUCCACCACAGCCGCUCCACAGAAUCAGUCAAGUCCACUGUUUCUGAGACGUACCUCAGCAAGCCCAGCAUCGCUAAGAGAAGGGCCAACCAGCAGGAAACAGAGCAGUUCUACUUCAUGAAAUUCCGCGAGUUUCUGGAAGGCAGUAAUCUCAUCUCCAAACUGCAGGCCAAACACGAUUUGCUGAAGAGGACACUCGGCGAUGGCCACCGAGCUGACUACAUGACCACAAGUAGACAUCCCAAUGGGCUGUUCAAAACCCUCACAGGCCCCCGCCGGCUUAGACCCCGCUCUUGUUUCAAUGUUAAGCUAUUUAAUGGAAAUUUGGAGUCAUUUAUCAAGGACUCUGGACAAGCUAUUCCCAGAGUGGUUGAAAGUUGUAUUCGCUACAUAAAUCUAUAUGGCCUCCAGCAUCAAGGAAUCUUCCGUGUACCUGGAUCCCACCUGGAGGUCAACGACAUCAAGAACUCAUUUGAGAGAGGAAACGACCCUCUCACAGAUGAUGAGGAUAAUCAUGACAUCAAUUCGGUGGCUGGUGUUCUCAAACUGUACUUCCGUGGUCUGGAGAACCCUCUUUUCCCCAAAGAGAGAUUCAGUGACCUGCUUUCAUGCAUCAGAAUAGACAAUUUGUAUGAGAGAGCACUGUACAUCCGAAAGAUUCUCCUAACCGUUCCCAGAUCGGUCCUCAUUGUGACACGUUACCUCUUUGCCUUCCUCAACCAUCUGUCCCAGUACAGUGAUGAGAACAUGAUGGACCCGUACAACUUGGCCAUAUGUUUCGGCCCCACACUUAUGCCUACUCCAGACAGCCAAGACCAGGUUUCCUGCCAGGCUCAUGUGAAUGAGAUCAUCAAGACCAUCAUUAUCCAUCACGAGACUAUUUUUCCUGAUGCCAAAGAACUGGAAGGGCCCAUCUAUGAGAAGUGCAUGGCUGGUGGAGACUACUGUGAGAGUCCCUACAGCGAGCAUGGGGCACUGGAAGAGGUGGACAAUGAGGGAGGGACAGAGACUCACACCAGUGAGGAUGAGGGAGAGCCUAUUGAAGCCAUUGCCAAGUUCGACUAUGUUGGGCGCUCCUCUCGAGAGUUGUCCUUCAAGAAGGGCGCCUCUCUGUUGCUUUAUCAGCGAGCGUCUAAAGACUGGUGGGAGGGACGGCACAACGGCAUUGACGGGCUGGUACCGCACCAGUAUAUUGUAGUCCAGGACAUUGAUGACAACUUCUCUGACAGCCUGAGUCAGAAGGCUGACAGUGAGGCCAGCAGUGGCCAUGCAGGAGAAGAUAAAUGUUCAGGAAAGGACGUCAGCUCACCCACCGACACCAGGAUCUCUGAAGCCUAUAUCGCCAGGCACAGAAAAAGAUCAGACCCACCAACUCGCCGUCCCCCAGCCCGCCCCAGCAACGUUCACUGCAUGCUGCAUCCGUCCCAGCAGGGCCACGGUGGGACCCCGGAGAUGGGCUCUCCAGUUCUGGGCCACUUCAGCCCAAGGGAUAUGAUGAGAAGCCACAACCACAUGCCGAUGGACAGCCCCGAGCGGCGGCGGCGCACUGGCCACGGCAGCCUGACAAAUAUCAGCCGUCACGAAUCCCUGAAGAAGAUGGAAAGCCCGCCAAUCCGCCGCUCCACAUCUUCAGGCCAGUACAUGGGCUUCACUGACGGCCAUCACCACCACGGGGGCAAGCCCCUGGACCCGGAGACCAUCGCACAGGACAUAGAGGAAACCAUGAACACUGCUCUAAAUGAGCUGCGCGAGCUGGAGCGGCAAAGCUCAGCUAAACACGCCCCUGACGUGGUGCUGGACACCCUGGAGCAGCGACAGACCGCCGGCAGCGGUGGAGGGGGUCCCACUAUGGCAAGUUCCAACGAGUCCCUGAGCCCUAUCCACGGCAUCAUGCUGCGAUCAACUGCCAACACUGAGCCACCAAUCCGCCGCAGCACCAGCUCCUCCAGCGAGGCCAUGAGCACCUUCAAGCCUAUGGUGGCCCCGCGCAUGGGAGUGCAGCUGAAACCCCCUGCUUUGAGGCCUAAACCAAUGGUCAUGCCUAAGUCCAAUCAGGCCCCGCAGCCUCCUGCUGGGCCUGCUCAGGACUCUCUAGACAAAUCCUGUACCAUGUAAGCUCUAAAAAGGAAAACAGAGAAAACCCUCAACCCAUUUCUGACGGGUUGUGAACUUCCACCUGUGUCUUCAAGACACCGAGAAGGACAAGAUCCAAAUGAUCUUUGUAACCUCUGUAAUUAUAGGUUGUAGUUACAUUGUAGACUUGAUUGUUAGCCGAGCGAAUCGUCUGCCUCAAUAUUGGCAGUUUUAUUUUAAUAUGCUUAGGUUACUACCUACCAUACACUAUAAGGCGAAUUGGAACAAAUCACAGCAUCUUCCUUGAAACUUUAGAUUUAGUUUGGUUUACAGGUUGAUAAAGAACUAAAACAAGUACUUGUAGAGGAAGCCUAAAGAGAGAACUGGCGCGACCACAGUGGCAGAAACAAAAGGAUCAUUUUGUUCAUACCAGGGUGUGCCCUUGAAGAUGUGAAUCACUUCAACAAUCUUAAACACUCAACUCGGGAUGUAACCGAUUUUAACUUUCUAAUUUUAAAACGGUGCUGGACAAUAAAGUAUUGCCCAUCAUGUGUCCGAGGAGCCCUAAAUAACUUAUUUAUUAACGGUACUCUGUUAAUAAAUUCAAAGGACUGAAACUUGGACCCUUCCUGUCUGUAGCAUGUAAACAGCAGCUUCUUUCAUUUUAUUUUCUGCAAGGUGUGAGAUCAGUUGUCUUAGAAAGUGUCUAGUGUAAGUAUAGAGAUCGCCUCUUUCCUAGCCUCACUCAGAUUUAUGAAACUUUUUUGUAUAAUGCAAGAAAGAAGAUAUAAGAACUGGAUAAAACCACUACUUUGUUGUGAACCUGUAUGCAUCUAUACCCAAAGCUGUAUGUAUGCCUUAGUAUAUGUGUCAAUAAUGAGUGUGAACGAUGACCACAAACAUUUUAUCACACGAUGCGGACCACGUCAUAGCCCUCUGUAUGCCUUGGUCUUUAUCUAUCCAAAGGCACGAGUGUAAAAGCUGAAGCAUGGAUGUUGAAUCUCCACAUUCACAGAUGUGUAUAGACUUAAGGCAGCGUGCUGCCGGUAGCCAUGGACCCUAUGACUGUUAGUGUGAACGCCUCGUCAUACAGUCACCCUCCUCAUUCUGCUUCUGUCUGUGAGGGAGACCGAAUAUAGCAGUUUGCGUUGAGCCUUACAGUAUGUGUUCUGUUCAGGUGAGCAUGUCGCUUAUGUUGUUUUUUUUUUGUUUGUAAUUAUUUCUCUUGGACUGGUAUUACUCCUGUGUGGAUUUAUAAAUUUGAUGAACUAAAUUACAUGGAACAAGAAAAAAAUAAAUAAAAGACGGCACAUCGCUCUGCUGCUGAACAAAAUCUUCAAGAUGCAAUAGCCUCAGAAAUUUGUUGGUGCCAGACUUCAGCAGUUCUGUUUGCCUUUUUUUCCAGCCUCUGUAAUAUAGAAACAACAGCUGGGUGCACGUCCUUCGUGUUUUAUUCUACACAGAACGAAGUUGGUUUGCAAGAAUAGCCAAUGCUCUCUAAAGGCAGGUUUACACCAUCUUUGACUUGACUAAAAACCAGUCUGUAUGGAUCAAAAGUUAAUUUCUGGGUUAAUAACCUUAUUUUUAUAUAAAUUUUAAUUUUUUGUUUGUUUUUGGAGGGUUAAAAUCACUUAGAGCCUAUGUUGUGGAAAACAAAGGCAGCAGUAUGAAGCCAGUUGUAUACAAGAGAAAAUGUGUUUUUAUUUUCUGGUCGCCAUGUAACACGAUCAACCAUAGGACUCCGUAAAACUGUUGGUGAACUAGUCUGUUCUGUACAUCAGUAGUAUGUACUUGUGAAAGUGCCUUUGAAAAUGUUUAAGUGGGAACUUCAGACAUCUGUCUUGUUGCGUUUUCAAAGUAGAUGCUGCAGUUUUCAGUAAAAUGCGGUGUAGCAAGUAGGAAUGUGCUGAAACUCAGUGACAUUUCUCAAACGGCUAUAUGGCAGAAAAAAAUAUUAACCAGCUUACACAUUGUGACAUUGCACUUUUAUGUAUAUAACUGUAUAUAUGGCAUGUAACAUCACAACAUCUAAAGUUCUUUCCAUGGACAUUUGUUUUUUGAAUAAAGGAAAUAGUUUGUUGAAUCCGA